AUGCCACAUCGUAUGCGCAAGAUUGUUUCGAGAUGUCGACCACCAUUUAUUGGAACACGGCGUAAUCGGCAUAAACAUGGUGCAAAUCAUAAUUUACCUGAAGAUCCAGCAACUGCUGAUUUUACCACCCUUACUGUCAAUGAGGCCAAUACGACAAAGACAAAUCAUAUAACACUAAAAGAUUCACCUCAAAUACCAAUUCAUUCAAACAAUAAAGAUUACGAUAAUCAAUCUAUUUCAUCAUCAUUAAACAGCACUGCGAGAUCAACUACAAUGCAAAAUACGCCUAGUUCAUCCAACUUAGGUGCCAUGGGAACUGGUAUUGUACCACCACCACCUAUGCAUUAUCAACUCUCACAAUAUAUGCAAUCAACAACACCGUCAGUUGCCAAUGGAAAAGAUGAAAUGCGUGGAUGGCUAUAUAAAUGGACAAAUUAUUUGAAAGGUUAUCAAAAACGUUGGUUUGUUUUACAAGCUGGAGUAUUAUCCUAUUAUCGUUCGCAAGAUGAAAUGAGUCAUACGUGUCGCGGUACAGUUUAUCUUGAAUCUGCACAAUUAUCAGCAAAUGAAUCGUGUCACUUUGUUAUAUCAAACGGCUCAACUAUACUGCAUUUACGUACAAACAAUGAAAAUGAUAAACAAAGAUGGAUGAAUGCAUUGGAAUUAGCUAAACAAAAAGCAAACAAAGCAGGAAAACAAUAUCCAGAUUCCGAUGAAGAAGGAGCGUUAGUGGACGAUUUAAAUAAACGAUCAACAGAUAAUACCAGUGAUCAAGGAAAACAAUCAAUGACUACAACGGAUCGACAAGAAUUAGCCGCAAUGAACAAAACAUUAGAUGCAAAAUUAGAUGAUCUUAAAAUGUGUAUGGAUCUAAUAAAUCGUCAUUAUCAAGCGCUUCAUCGGACACUUGCAGAUCUUGAACAAAUCGAUAAGUCGGAUGCUACUAUAAAUACUAUUAAAAGUGUUAAUGAGCGUGCAACACUAUUCCGUAUAACAUCAACAGCAAUGCUCAAUGCUUGUCAAGAAUUAGUGCAAUUAAUUCAAAAACAAGGUCGUAAAUGGCAAAAGGCUAUUCAAUUUGAACAUGAUGCUCGCAUGCGUAUGGAGCGUAUGUGUGAAGAAGUUGCAUCACAAAGUGCAAAGUUAGAAAAAAGAAUUCAGCGUGCAUCACGUAAAGAUAAAGAAUUAAUAAAAACAUCCGAUAUGCGUAACAAAAAUGAAGAUAGUCUUUCAUCUGAUAGUGAUGAAUUUCAUGAUGCCGAAAGUGUUUUUCGCAUUCCACUUCAGCAUCAUACGCCCAAUAGUGAUAAUCAAUCCGCAAACAUUGUCGACGACGAUGUUAGUUCAUAUAAUGAUGAAGAUAAUGAAAGUGGAUCGGAAGAACAAGACGAUGAAAAUCUACCUGUUGUUAUAGUAAAAAGACCAAAAAAACCUGAUACAACAAAUACUCCCCCAUUGGCAUCAACAACAACAACGACUAUGCAGAAACAUAUAAAUAAUGGUCAAAAAUCUGCUACCUCAAAACGUAAACGUCGUGAUCGUAUUUUAGAACGUCCUAAUUAUAGUAUUAACCUAUGGAGUAUCAUAAAAAAUUGUGUUGGAAAAGAUUUAUCAAAAAUUCCAAUUCCAGUUAAUUUUAGUGAACCUUUAUCUAUGUUACAACGGAUAACCGAAGAACUUGAAUAUAGUUCUGUACUUGAUGCAGCAGCUAAAACAAAUGAUAAUUGGGAACAAUUAGCCUAUGUUGCUGCAUUUACUGUGUCUUCAUAUUCAACAACAGCUACAAGAACCAAUAAACCUUUCAAUCCAUUACUUGGUGAAACCUUUGAAUGUGAUAGAACAGAUGAUUAUGGUUGGAGAUCGAUGGCUGAACAAGUUAGUCAUCAUCCACCAGCUGUAGCAACACACUCUGAAGGACAAGGUUGGACUUUAUAUCAGGAAUUCACUAUGGGAUCGAAAUUUCGGGGCCAAUAUUUGAGUAUAACCCCGUUAGGUUAUUCUCAUCUUGUAUUUAAAAAUACUGGUAAUCAUUUUACCUGGAAAAAAGUAACUACACUUGUCAAUAAUAUAAUUGUCGGCAAACUCUGGAUAGAUAAUGUCGGCGAAAUGGAGAUAAUUAAUCAUACCACAAACGAUGUUUGUAAAUUAAAAUUUUUUCAAUAUAGCUAUUUUGCAAAAGAUGUCCCACAUAAAGUAACCGGUGUUAUUACUGAUUCCAAUUCUGAAGCUCGAUGGGUCCUAUCUGGUACUUGGACUGGAAAAAUUGAAGGUGGUCCUGUUGAAUCAAAUCAUCAUCAUAUGGAAACGCACAAUAUGAAAGUACUGUGGCAACGUAAAAUGCCACCGCCAUUUUUAGAACAAAUGUAUAAUUUUACUGAGCUUGCUAUUGAAUUAAAUGAAUUUGAACCAGAUGUGGCACCGACUGAUACUCGUCGUCGUCCUGAUCAACGUCUCAUGGAAGAUGGACGUUGGGAUGAAGCAAAUCAAGAGAAACUACGCCUGGAAGAAAAACAACGGCAAGCAAGAAAAAUUCGUGAAUCACACAGUACUGGACAUGAUCCAUAUAGAUCAAAAUGGUUUACGAAACAAUUCGAUCCAAUGACCAAGGCGAGUAUGCACGUGUUUACAAAUGAAUAUUGGAGAUGUAAAGAGAAACAAGAAUGGUCUAGAUGUGAUGAUAUCUUUUAA